GAUCGAGUGGAGAAACCCCCGGGCUUCGGGUUGACCGUGUGUGGGGAUCUUAAACUGCCUACCCGCCGUGACCACACUGCAUUGAGCACCCUGAAGCCAUCCUUUUUGAGUACCUCGCCAUGUCACCAAGCGACACCCAGGCUGGCCUUAAGAACUUCAACUCCAUUGAGCUGGAGUUCGCUCCCACUCCCGGCGAGCCCGAAGUUCACGUUGCCCAGCCCGGCCUCAAGCUGGAAGGUGCCAAUGAGACUCUAGACAGCAUCACCGCCGUUCACGACAUGGCGGAUGCAGCGCAUUUUGGGGACUUCCAGUUCUCGUACCAAGAUUCUCUCCAAGACUCGCCCAUGAAUGGCCUGCCGCAUAACUUCGACGACCAUGGCCCGGACGUCUUCACCACGCCGCAGGCGAACUCGAUCUCGCCAAUGCAGGACCGACAAGACUCCGUAGCUUCUAUUACCGUUCACACAUCCGCCUACGGCGGCGGCAACGGGCAACGGCCCAGCCCGGACGAUUCCGAUAAUAGCACACCAGACAGCAACACAAAUGGCUCCAAUCUGCUGGACGAGCCACUCUCCGACGAGUUCGGGCUCGCGACCGGCGGACUAGCUGAUGGGACGGACUUGGGCGGGAAAAAGGGGGAGAAGUCAGACGCUGCGCCAGCCUGGAGCGAGCUAAAAACGAAGGCGGGAAAGGAGCGCAAACGGUUGCCGCUGGCUUGCAUCGCAUGUCGCCGCAAGAAAAUUCGCUGCUCGGGCGAGAAGCCUGCCUGCAAGCACUGUCUGCGUUCGCGCAUACCGUGCGUGUACAAAGUCACUGCCCGCAAGGCAGCUCCGAGGACAGAUUACAUGGCGAUGCUAGAUAAGCGGUUGAAGCGCAUGGAAGAGCGCAUCAUCAAAGUUGUACCGAAAACAGAGCAAGAUACCACGUCGCCCUCGGUUACCCGAGCCGUGGUGAAGCCCGCGAUUCCGGGAACCUUGCCGGGUGGCGGAAAAGCAGCAGCGAAGAAACGCGGGGUUGAUGAAGCAUUCGGACCGGACCUAGAUCACUGGGCUCGCGCUCCGUCGAGGUCCAAGCUUGAUGGUCCAAACAAACCUUCGACCAUUCUCGUCCAGGAGGCAGAGGAGAGCAAGCUUCUGUUAGAAGGUGGCGAUGCGCUCCCUUCCAAGGAUAUCCAGGAGCAUCUCGCUGAAGUCUUCUUCGAAAACAUUUAUGGCCAGGCGUAUCAUAUUCUUCACAAGCCCAGUUUUAUGAGGAAACUCAAAGCCGGUACGCUACCUCCGGUCCUCGUUCUCUCAGUGUGUGCCAUAGCCGCCCGGUUCUCGAACCACCCGAAGCUCAACACAAAUCCAAAUUUCCUCCGGGGCGAGGAGUGGGCGUCCACUGCUCGUGAUAUCUUGACGAAGCGAUACGAAUGGCCGAACAUCACGAUUCUGACGUGCCUGCUGAUCCUCGGCCUGCAUGAGUUUGGAACAUGCCAUGGUGGACGGAGUUGGUCAUUGGGGGGACAAGCCAUCCGCAUGGCCUUCGCCCUCCAGCUUCACAAAGACCUGGAACACGACCCCCUACGAAUACCGGGCAAGACACAGCUGAGCUUCAUCGACCGCGAGAUCCGGAGGCGGACAAUGUGGGCGUGCUUUUUGAUGGACCGCUUCAACUCGUCAGGGACGGACCGGCCGACUUUCAUCAGGGAAGAGACCUUCAAGAUUCCGUUGCCCAUCAAGGAGAAGAAUUUCCAGUACGACCUGCCGGGGCCGACCGAAAUGCUCAAUGGGCAGGUUCUCGAACCCCUUUCCGAGGACCAUCCAAACGAAGCAAAGGACAACAUGGGAGUUGCCGCCUGGAUGAUCAAGGCUAUUGCAUUAUGGGGGCGCAUCAUCAACUACCUCAACCAGGGCGGCAAGGAGCUGGAUACUCACCCGAUGUGGAACCCGGAUUCGGAGUACACCAAGCUUCUCAAGCAGACUGAAGACUUUCUGACCGAGUUGCCCGAGUCUUUGGCCUACACACCCGAGAACCUGAAACUGCACGAGACCGAUAAUAUGGCAAACCAGUUUCUCUUCCUACACAUCUCCAUCCAACAAAAUAUCCUCUUCAUGAACAGAUUCGCCGUGUCACCGCCGAAUGGCCACUCAUUACAGGAUGUACCGAAGGCCUUCGUGACGAAGGCAGGGGCCAAGGCUUUCGCCGCCGCGAAUCGGGUAUCAGAGCUACUCAAGGACGCCGAGGUGCACUUUAUCACCGCGCCGUUCACCGGGUACUGCGCAUUUCUAUCAAGCACCGUCCAUAUUUUUGGGAUAUUCUCCGGGAACCCCACCAUGGAGGCGACCUCGAAACGGAAUUUGGCCACCAAUGUCAGGUUUCUGUCCAAGAUGAAGCGGUACUGGGGCAUGUUCCACUGGAUGUCGGAGAACCUCCGCGAGCAAUACCGCACUUGUGCCGAUGCCGCGAGACAAGGCAACCCUGCUAGCGAGAGCGCGGCCUCACCAAUCUUCCAGUAUGGCGACUGGUUCGACCGCUAUCCCCACGGCGUGUCACAAUCAGACUUCCUUGACCCCGCCACCUACAAGAAGAAAGAGAAGGGGGACGACGCCGUGCUCGAACAAAAACCAGAACUCCACACAGUCGAGGAGUUCUUCACCACCCUCUCCCCACAAAGCGCCGAGAAUGCCGCGGCCAACGGCAUCCCCCGUUCCGGCCCACCCACCGCAGCGCAACUCAAGCGUAAAUCGAUGGUCCGUAAAGCAAGCACCACCUCUCGCGGCGGCGGACCUGGGCCAGACCAGGGCCUGGAGCCCCUCCAAACCGACUUCGCCCGCGCCACCGCUGAACAGCUCCAUGCCGCCCGUUUGCACCAGCGCUCUUUCUCCAACGCAAACCCCAACGGCGGCGCCCCGACAAGCGGCGCUCCGCCCGGUGGCUUCAACCCUCUCGCCGUAGGCGGCAACGGCCCGGGCUCCUACCAUCCGGCCCUCUCCCCCGUCUCCCCCGUCGCCUUCUCCCACCCGCACCAUCACCACGGCCCGCCCCAGUCCUUCUUCCCGCCCGACCCCUUCGCCAUGCCCAUGGCGGCGGCCCACGGAAUGUCCCGCCUCGACCGCCAGCUCGUCUUUGGCGCAUACGGCGGCCACAGCCACGCCGUCGACCACCCAUCGCUCAGCGGCUCCGGCCUCGCCGGCUGGGCCGACGGGAAUAACCCCGCGGCCGCAGCGGCCGCCGCAGCUGCCGCCGAGGGCCGUGACGGACACGGCCACCCCCUCAGCAGGCAUCAUGGACACGGCCAUGGCGGGCAUGGAGGCCAUGGGGGCCAUCUCGGCCAUGGUGAGCACCAGCACCCUGCGGACGCGGCGCUGCACGCGGCGUUUGGCGAACCUAGUUCGGCUUGGUUUAUGCCCUUUAAUAUGGAGCCGCCUGAGCUUGGGCCGGAAGGGCUGGGGGUAGGUGGUGGGAUGGGAGGGGGGUUGGAUGGGUUUGCUAGUAUGUUUGGUGGUGGUGGUGGGGGUGGUGGGGGGAUGCAUCAUCGUUGAUUUUGAGGAUGCCCGCCGCAGCUAUGAACAGUAGGAGGGUGUGAGGGGGGCUAUGGAGAAGAGGAGUGGGACUUUUUGACCGGGUCCGUUUGACUGGGUGUUGUGGUGUGGUUAUAUACCGAUACGUUUUUCUUUGGGUGUGGGACGAGCAGAGCCGAGCGUGGAAGCGGUUGUCUUGCUUGCCGUAUUUUCUGAGAUGUUUUCGCUGAGGGAGGAGCACAUUCAACUGAGCGAGCAAACGAUAUCUUAUGGAACGGGUCAGGGAUGGAUGGGUUGGGCCGGGUGGGGGACACGGCGUACAAACUGGGAUGGGAAGGUUUUGAUAGUUUCAGGAAGCUCAACGCUCAGCACUCGCAGUAUGUGUUUCGGAUACGGCUUUUGAGAAUAGGAAGGGCAAGCCCCUGGAUUAGGGAAUCACUCAACCCGGGGUCUUGGUGCGGCGUCUCGGCAUAGGACAGCAGGGCGGGUCACGCUGCGGAAUGCG